UCCACCUCAUGCCAAUAAGGUGUCAGCAUACUGGAUCUAAACCUUUAACACAGUGACCUGUAAAUGCUCACAAAAUCAGCUGUAUGCGCUCCACAAAUAGCACUGUUAAUUGCGAUUUAUACAGAUUGAAUCAGACCAGGCGCACAGAGAAGAUACCGGAAGGCGACUGAAACAACAUAGACAGUAAAAGAAAGGGUUGAAGCCGGUGGAAACGCAACAUCAGGUAGCUUGCAGUUCGGUCGCGCCUGUUGUACGCCCACCUUUGAAAAGGGUAGCUAUCUGCUCAGCAAAAGAGAACCUAAGCCUAUGUGUGGGGAAUUGUUUCCCAUUGCAUGAUGGCGAAGGCAGACCAACGCUUUGGGCAGAGAGAUGGAUCGGAUCAGAACUUUGACUACAUGUUCAAACUGCUCAUCAUUGGCAAUAGUAGUGUUGGAAAAACCAGCUUUCUGUUCAGAUACGCCGAUGACACAUUCAACAACUCCUUCGUUAGCACUGUGGGUAUUGAUUUUAAAGUGAAAACGGUUUACAGAAACGACAAAAGAGUGAAGCUUCAGAUCUGGGACACAGCAGGACAGGAGCGGUACAGAACAAUCACCACAGCCUACUACAGGGGAGCUAUGGGCUUCAUCCUCAUGUAUGACAUCACUAACGAAGAGUCCUUCAAUGCAGUGCAAGACUGGGCUACUCAAAUUAAGACAUAUUCAUGGGAUAACGCUCAAGUGAUUCUUGUUGGCAACAAGUGUGAUAUGGAUGAUGAGAGAGUGGUGCCGCCGGAAAAGGGCAGACACUUAGCUGACCAACUAGGUUUUGAGUAUUAUGAAACCAGUGCCAAAGAGAACAUAAAUGUCCGGCAGGUAUUUGAACGUCUGGUAGACAUCAUCUGUGUGAAGAUGUCAGAACGGGUGGAUACUGACCCUGCUAUCGUCACUGGUACGAAGAACACUCGGCUCACAGACAAGCCUCCACAACUACCUCAGAACUGCUGCUAAGCCUACCUCUUGUAGCACAACUUCUCUUACCGACAAGUCACAACUCUCUUGUGUAGCUCCCCUCUCUCUCCUCUGAGUUCAUGUUGUGAUUCACAUUGUCAUUCUUUUGCACUGCACAUAAGUGCAUUUAUAAUCUCUCAUUUCACCUGUAGUCUAAACACGAGGCAGCUCAAAGUAGAGUUGACUGUUGAAGCACAAUACAGCUUCUCUCAUAUGGAGAGUGUUCACUGCCACUGCAAAACAAUGAAUUACUCACAACUUGUUACAGUGCAGUUAACUACCUUGUCACAUGACUUUCGAUGAAUUGGUAUACAUAAGACACAUGGCUGCUUGCUCAUCUGAGCUUAACACAGGAUAUUAAAUUUUAGGUGUGAGACACGCUUAUAACACUAUUCUAUUUAACUCUAGUCUUUUUAAAACAAAAAAAAAGUUUAAUAUCAUAAGACACCAUAACACUAACUCAGCACAACUGCAGAAUUUACAACGUGUUUUGCAGCUUUUUUCGUUAAUUCUGUUCAGGGUGGUUUUGAUGUGAUGAUGUGCCAUUAUUGUUCAGUGAAAGGCACAUGCUUUUCACUUUGCUGGUACAAUUAAGUGUUUUAAGACUUUUGGACACUUUACAAACAAUGUUGUAUGAUGAGUCUUGUAAUAGUAAUGUUUAAUAGUCAUGUGAAUCAAUUUGAUCUAAUUAUGUGACUUACAAAAAUGAUCAGCACACAAUAUACUGAAUGUAGGCAAAUGUUAUGACACUAUUGAAAUUGGCCAUGUGGUUUCUCUCUUCAAUUUUAAAUUAAUCAACCUUUUGAAGUUCACUGUGCUGAGUAGGCUGUGCCAUUUCUUUUCUGAAAUUCAGUUAUUGCAAAAUAGUGAACUGCAUUACCCAAACACCUUGUGCCACCCUGUCUUAUGUGAGUUCAUAGCUAAGCCUAACCAACAAUAAUAUUAUUAUAACAAUCAUAACAGUUGUUCUGUCUGAUAGGCUAUGAUGUGAUUGUUUAUAAGUGCAUUUUUAAAUUACAUAUUUUGGAUCUAAAUAGUGUAUUAUAAUGGUCGUACCUAGGUAGAUUUUUAUUUUUAUGCUGUUGCAAUGGAUAAACUGUAGGCCUAUGGCUAUAGCACCUCGUUAGUUACUGUUGACUCAUAGAUGGGUUCAACGGGAACAAAGUGAUUAAAUCAAUGUGAAUGUUUGUACAUUUUCAAGUGCAAUUUGCGGAAAUAAAAAGCACACAUAUCUAUCUGCA